UUGUACUUCGGAAAAAGUGACUAACCCCCAAAUAGUAUGUGAAUUUUGUUGUUGACUGGUGUUUGAGGAUCGUCUUGUCUGCUGUAUGCAGUCUUCACUAUGUUGGAAAAAUACUAUUUGUUUGGAAAACUGUUGGAGUCGUGACAGAAGAAUAGGUGUGGCUAUGAAUGGGACCAUAUAUCAUGAGAGACAGGUGAAGGAAUUGUGCGCAUUACAUGCACUGAAUAACCUGUUUCAAGAGCGUGAUGCAUUCAGCAAAACAGAAUUAGAUGCUAUCUGCUAUUCAUUGUCACCAAAUGUGUGGAUUAACCCACAUAAAUCAUUGUUGGGGCUUGGAAAUUAUGACAUCAACGUGAUUAUGUCUGCACUUCAACGAAAGGGAUACGAAGCCAUCUGGUUUGAUAAACGGAAAGAUCCAAAAUGUCUUAACCUGGAUAACAUUCUAGGAUUCAUACUAAAUGUACCAAGUGACUACAAGUUGGGUUUUGUACUUUUGCCCCUGCGAAGACGACACUGGGUUACAAUCCGCCAAGUCCAUGGAACAUAUUAUAAUCUGGAUUCAAAACUUGAAUCUCCUCAGCUUAUUGGCAGGGGAAAUGAUGUGACCACCUACCUGUUUGAGCAGCUUGAGUGCAAGGAGAAGGAACUGUUUGUGGUGGUAACGAGCGAGGUGGAGCAGAACCAGAGCUGGCAAAGUGGUCCUCAUGAUGAGAAGUGUCUGAAAGGGAAUUGUGUGGAAGAGCCUGUUGCACACUUCUGUCUGGAGGCAUUGGUGCCAGAUUUUAAUGCAAGAAUAACACAAAGUCAAGAUAACAAAGCAAAUAUUGACAGAAUUGCAGCAGUGGGUGUGAAUGUGGACUCUGUUACACAGCAGUUGAUUUGCAACAUUAAUAACGAGCGGACGAUAAAUUCUCCCCUUUUGGAAUUAAAUAGGUAGUAAUAACAGUAACAUCUUUGUGGUAAUCACUUAACAGUACUUCCUUACAUGUGUCAGGUAUGAAGACUGUGGGAUUGAUGGAUUCAGCAUAUUCUUGCAUCAACACUGCAGAACUAUGAUAUCAGAAUUUUCUGUGUGUAUAAAACAUUUUUUUUUUUUUUAGAAGAUCAUGGCAGUUGAGUCUUGUAAUAUUAUUCUAUACUAAAGCCAGACAAGUUGUCAGGCAUGGGUUUGCUAUGUAUACUGUGUACUUCCACUUGUAAUUGCCAAGUCACUAUGUUGAGGCACAUGUGUUAUAGCAUUGUACUUAAGACUGAACCACCUUGUUAGCAAGAAGAAAUAUCAUUGUCUGCUAGUCAGGGAGCUGGGGCACAUGUUGACCUGUUCAACCACAUUCGCUCAGUUGUCUCUUCAGAGAUGUUCGCUGGGUCCACAAUCCACAACUCACUCCAUGGAGCAGAGUCCUCCCUGAGAAGCCACCAGUCAGUCAGCUAGUCAAGAAUUUCACAACAUUUUCUGGA